UGCCGAAUUUAACAGCUUCAAAAAGACAUGAACCAACAUGAAAGCCGGCCCUGAAAAGUCGGACUCGGUCGAAUGGUAGAGGUGGAGGCAUAAUAGAGGAGGAAGGCGGGGGUGGAGACAUACUGGAGCAAGAAGGGGGUGUAUUCAGGAUCAACAUCCGCUCUGGAGCGACUUCUGUCCAGUCCCUUGAAUGGUGCUGCGUUCACGGCUUCGUGGCUACGCUAAAGCUGCUUUCGUACAGACUGCUCCGUGUCUCCUUUUAGCCGCUUUUCCAUACAUUACAGCGCCAUUUACAUUAUGACAAAUCUAUCUCAUGAGCACUGGGGUAUUAGCUAAAUGAAUAUGGCUUGGAACAUAAUUCAACGCGUGUUUCUCCUUGGUUUCUUCACGCAAACAGGGUUAGCUCGAGUUCUGACACCGACAAAUGUGACUCUGCAGUGCCACAACUUCAACAAUGUUCUGCGGUGGAAUUACGAUCAACUCACACCAGGACUUAAAUUCAAAGUAAUUGUGAGAUCAGAAAAUAGUAAGCCUGUUGAACUAUGGGUAGACUCGCCAACGCUUCACAUCGACUUGUCCAGUUUCUCAGAUCCAGCCGAUGGGUAUUAUGUUACUGUAUCUGCUGUGAUGGGAGAUGAUGAGUCCCCCUCUGCUGGAAUGAAGUACAACUACUACGAGAACGCGAAUGUAAAUAAGAAAUGUACUGUCGACUUCCCUGCAGUGAAUGUCACCGUUACAGAAGACAAAGUAGUCCACUUCAGGUUCAUACACCCGUGGCUGUUCUACAAUGCUGAUCCUAAACCAAAGAAAAAGUUGCCUACAUUUGAUUACGAUGUUCAAGUCAUCAAUCAGACCAAUGACUCUCAUCACUUUGACUGCUGGAAGAAAGUGUGUGAGGAGAAGAUCAUACCGGUAGACAACAGCCAGGAGAUAUACUGUGUGCAUUUACAUGGAACAGUGGAGAAAAUAUCUGUUCAACCCACACAGGAGUACUGUUCCUCAUCUGCUGAACAGCCAUCAGGUGUAAACAAACCCCCUCCGAUCUUCAUUGUAAUCGGUGUGUUGGGCUUGAUUUUAAUCAUCAUCAUCACUGUCAUGGUUUGCAUGAAAAAGAUCAGACCGCCAACUUCAAUAACCGUGCCGGAAAUUCUGAAAUUCAAUGGGCCAAAGAAAGAGCAGUUGGUCCCAGAAAAAGAUCAAGAUCAGACAUGUGUGGUCCACGUGGAGCCUGUGUCGUCCACACAUCUACUGUCUACGCCAGAUGCCAAUGAUUCAACGCUGGUGGAUGCACCGUCCAUUGAGUCUGAGUUCCGUCUGCCAAUCAGGGCACUGACAAAAGACAGUGAGGUGAGUGAUCAAGCAGAGGCAAUUCAGGAAGAUGUUGAAGAGUCUGGAUACAAGCAGGGCAACGACUUGGAUGAAGAUUCUUCGCAAAACCUGAACUUCAGUGGUGGUGAUACAGGAUAUGAGAAACGCAGUACGUUGGAGUAGUUACGUCCUGGAGGACAGGGUGUGGGCUUCAUUCUUCCAGUAAAAUUUCCAGUAUGCAGAA